UCCUUCCUUCCCCGAAAUAAUCGAAGCUUCCGUUCACAUUCGCAUCUCCCCAAUUUCCUGCUGGGUUUCUUUUAAGAAAAGGCGUCAGACCCAAAGUUUCUCUAGAGGGAGGAGGACGGGUAUCCGUUUCCCGUUUCUAUUCUUCCAUACCUGUCUGUUCUCCUUUGAACCCAUCAUCCGUUCUUUGACUUUGAAUCUGCCUCUUUUCUACCAACUGUCGUCAUGUUUGGAUUCACCUAUCAGAGCACGCGGAUUGCCUGUUGUUCAAUUUGUGCGUGCAUUGUAUAAUUUGAAGGGGACUUUCUCAUCUGGCCUUUAUUGCCGGUUAUUUUCUUGACAUUUAGACGCUAUGAAUCAUUCUCACUCGGGCGUUGAUCGCAUCGACAUAGAUUGAAAGAACUGUGGUUCUGCCCCAAGCCUUGGUAUUCUUAACAAUCCUGAAAGUGCGACGAUCCAACAGAUCAUUCUAUUAUUUGUGUAACAGACUCGUCUGAGUUGUUGGAAUUGAAGUCUUUUUCUUCCUCGCUGUUGAUGUAUCUAAUCGUUGCUGAAAGGGAUCGGCUUGUGAACGUACCCAAUUUAUCCCUGGGUGUCCUCAGGCCAUUGGAUUUGCCCAUUGAACAAAUAGACUUCUCAUUCUGCAUUUCAAUACAAAGGUGGAACAAGGAGUUCUCCGAGCUUCAGGGUGGAUAAAUAAAGUUGUUAAGCUUACAACACUUAUCCAUUUUAUUCGGAGUUAUCAAUAAUGGAUUCAUCACAAGAAUCUGCGCUAUCCGCAAACGUUGCUGGUUUAGUGGAUAAUGCAUCACUUAAGAAGAAAACUUCCAAUCUCGAUGGCAUGCCUGUGUAUGUCAAGGAGCUAAUUGCCGGGGGGUUUGCCGGUGCACUUUCUAGGACUGCGGUCGCGCCCCUCGAGCGGGUCAAAAUACUCUGGCAGACAAGGACACCAGGAUUUCACUCUCUUGGUGUUUAUCAAUCUCUAAGUAAGUUAACGAAGAAUGAAGGUUUGCCAGGAUUAUACAAAGGAAAUGGAGCAAGUGUUAUCCGGAUUAUUCCUUAUGCUGCCUUGCAUUUUAUGACAUAUGAGCGGUACAAGUGUUGGAUCUUGCAGAAUUGUCCAAUGUUAGGAUCAGGUCCUGUUAUUGAUCUUUUAGCCGGAUCUGCAGCUGGAGCCACUUCUGUUUUAUGUACAUAUCCUUUGGACCUUGCUCGUACAAAACUUGCUUAUCAGGUGGUAGAUGUACGAGGAAGUAUCCAAGAUGGCAUGAAAGAUGUUCAUUCUCAACCAGCACAUCACGGAAUUAAAUGUGUGCUUACAAGUGCCUACAAGGAAGGGGGAGUUCGUGGACUUUAUAGGGGUGUAGGACCAACCAUUACUGGAAUUCUUCCAUACGCUGGUUUGAAGUUCUACAUGUAUGAGAAAUUGAAGAUGCAUGUGCCUGAGGAACAUAGAAAGUCCAUUUUGAUGCGCCUCACUUGUGGAGCUCUUGCUGGCUUGUUUGGACAGACUUUGACGUACCCUUUAGAUGUUGUUAAGAGACAGAUGCAGGUUGGCAGCCUGCAGAAUUUGGUUCAUGGUGAUGUCAGAUACAGGAAUGCGUUUGAGGGACUUAGGAUUAUUGUUGCUAAUCAAGGAUGGAGGCAGUUGUUUGCAGGCGUAAGCAUAAACUACAUUAGGAUUGUUCCAUCAGCGGCAAUUAGUUUCACCACAUAUGACAUGACGAAGGCUUGGCUUGGCAUAGCACCCCAACAGAAGAAAUCGUCUUUAUCAGUUUCCUCUUCAUAAUUGUUCACUGCUCAUUCUGUCACUGACAAUUCGUUUUUUGGUUUUAGGCCACAACGAAUCCAUUAACAAUAGUUGCAGUCUUACAGACACUGAUCACUAAUUCCAUUAUCACCUCGCAAGUGAAGCAAAAAGUUAUACAUUUUAUUGUAUUCAGGGUGAUUCGUGUUACAAGGUUUCCUACCAUCAAUAUUUAACAUCCGUAUGGUAGUCUCUA